UGAUAUAAGGACGUGGUUGUUCCGGUAAAAAGUGGAUUUGCUGCUUAAAGAUAGGGGGGUUUAGAGUAGAAUAUAUUAUGUUUUAAGCAACAACUGUAAAUAUUUUUUUAGAACUAGAUGUUUUAACUUCAUAAUACAAUGAAACCUACGGAUUUUUCUUCUGUAAACUCGACACUGUAACGCCUUCUCGUGCUGGCCAGCUCUGCAUCGACUGAAGAAACAAUGCAGGCCUAGCUAGCUUCUGACGUUAGCUGGCGGAAGCUAAUCGGAUAACACUGGUCCAGCAGACUGCAGUGGGAUUUAAACCCAGGACGAAGCCGUUUUUCGUCGCUGUAACGAUAACAACAUCCAAUCCGCUAUGAGCUCUCAGCUGCAGGUCUUCUCUCCUCCCUCCAUCCCCUCCAGUGCCUUUUGUCGCGUUAAGAAGCUGAAGGUGGAGAGCAAUGUUUGGGACGUGUCCACCACUGAAGCUUACAGCUCCAUAGCAGGCCAAUCGGCAUACACCUUUACCCCAGCCAUGGCUGUGGCACCCUUUGCACCUUCCUUGGUCUUCCCCCCUGUAGCACCUGGCUCCCGAGGUCAAGUGGUGGUGCGGGCAGCUGAUAGCACUGGCAGCCUCCCCCGUGGAUCCAGCCGGCGUGUGGCAGAGCAGGCAAUGUCUUCAUCUUUUGCUCAUAACGAGACGUCCUCUGAAACAAGGGGGCACAGGCACGGGCAGAAAAGAAAGAUUGAGGAGACCAAUGAAAGCAGUGGGAGUGGAUGUGGCAGUGUCCAAAUAUUGGAGGAGCUCUCAGCCCCUGCAGCAACUUACUCCACACGUACGGGUGGUGGUGGAGGCGGCACAGGCCAGUCCAUACCCCACUCAGCUCAAACCACCAAGAGCAGCAGCUCCAAUGGUGAAGGGGAUUAUCAGUUAGUGCAGCACGAGAUCCUCUGCUCCGUGUCCUGCAGCUAUGAAGUCCUGGAGUUUUUAGGAAGAGGCACGUUUGGACAGGUGGCCAAGUGCUGGAAGAGGGGCACCAAUGAGAUUGUGGCCAUCAAGAUUCUAAAAAACCAUCCUUCUUAUGCUCGUCAGGGCCAAAUCGAGGUGGGUAUCCUGAACCGGCUGAGUGCAGAGAACGCAGAUGAGUACAACUUUGUGCGUUCAUACGAAUGCUUCCAACACAAGGGUCACACCUGCCUGGUGUUUGAGAUGCUGGAGCAGAACCUCUAUGACUUUCUUAAGCACAGCAAGUUCAGCCCACUCCCCCUACGGCACAUCAGACCCAUCCUACAGCAGGUGGCAACAGCGCUGAUGAAACUGAAAAGCCUUGGUCUGAUUCAUGCAGACCUGAAGCCAGAGAACAUCAUGCUGGUCGACCCUCUAAGACAGCCCUACAAGGUGAAGGUCAUUGACUUUGGCUCAGCAAGUCAUGUGUCCAAAGCGGUCUGCUCAACCUACUUACAGUCUCGCUACUACAGGGCUCCAGAGAUCAUUUUGGGGUUGCCAUUCUGUGAGGCCAUUGACAUGUGGUCUUUAGGCUGUGUGAUUGCAGAGUUGUUUCUGGGUUGGCCUCUCUACCCUGGAGCCUCUGAGUACGACCAGAUCCGUUACAUUUCUCAGACUCAAGGCCUGCCUGCGGAGUACUUGCUGAGCGCCGGCACUAAAACCAGUCGCUUCUUCAAUCGAGGACCUGACUCUAGCUACCCACUCUGGAGGCUAAAGACCCCAGCAGAGCAUGAAAUGGAGAUGGGUAUCAAGUCCAAGGAGGCCAGAAAGUAUAUCUUCAACUGUCUGGAUGACAUGAUGCAGGUCAACCUGUCCUCUCAUUUGGAGGGUACGGACAUGCUGGCUGAGAAAGCUGAUAGACGAGAGUUUAUAGACCUCUUGAAGCGGAUGCUCCGUCUGGAUGCUGACAAAAGGAUCACGCCUACUAAAACUCUAGGUCACCCCUUUGUCACAAUGAGCCACCUCAUGGAUUAUCCCCACAGCUCACAUGUGAAGUCCUGCUUCCAGAACAUGGAGAUCUGUAAGCGUCGGAGCUCUUAUGAUAACAAAUCCCUGUACUCCACCAGUGCGGUUCCCAGCGCUGCAGCGGGCAACCUCACUGUUACCUUCAGUAGCCAGCUCAACCAGCAUAACCAGGUGCCUUCUGCGGGGGGAACGAUGCCUUUGCUGAACUACCAGCCAGCUCUGUACCAGCAGGCGACCAUUAACAUUCCCGGUCUUGCUCAACAGAGUGUCCCGAUUCCAACGCGUCCUGCUGGGCUGUGUAGCCAGACAGAACCCUUCCAGCAAACUCUCAUUGUCUGCCCACCCUCUACUAUUCAAGGGCUACAGCCAACCAAUAAGAGUUCCAGUUUCCCUGUGAGGAUGGAGAACUCUGUACCCAUAGUACCUCAGAACCAGUCUGCUCAGUCAUUGCAGAUCCAGCCAAGUAUGCUCACACAGGGUUCCUGUACACCCCUGAUGGUGGCCACCCUACACCCUCCCUCAGCAGGCAUAGCCCCCCAGUAUUCUCUGCCCCUCGGGCUGGGCGCUGGGGUGGGCCGGCCCACCCUCCUGGAGCACACAGCCACAGUGCUGCAGGCCUGGCCCACUGGCACCCAACAGAUCCUCAUACCAUCGUCAUGGCAGCAAGUCCCAGGUGUGGCAAUCCACAGCUCUGCCCACCAGUCAAAUGUUACUGAAUCGCCCCUGGAAACACUUCACGCCAAUGCUUCCACGCAGCAGGGACACAGCUGGAGGAGCACAACUCAAGCCAGGACCCAGCAGGAGAGGAAGAAGGUGAAAGCCAGACGUGGAGAGAACCGGAACAGGGGUAUCUCCACUGCAUCAUUACUCUGCAGCAGCGGCGUGACCCCAUCCAGCGCCACGUUAUCUCAGCCAAUCGUCAUCUCCGACACACCCAGUCCAGCAGUCAGCAUCAUCACUAUUCAUAGUGACACAGACACAGAGGAUGAGCGCAAAUUCCAUCCCUCCAGUGUUGGUCUGAGCCAGCGCACUAACGUCAUCAGCUGUGUGACGGUGCACGACUCUGACUCUUCUACAGCCAGUCCCCUGACUCCUCUGCCCCGCACACUUAACCCAGCUAGCACCAUGUCGUCACGCCAAGCCAAGUCUCUGGCAGUGGUGGCACCUUCAGUUAAACCCCAGGGCUCUGAGAGAGGAGCCGUUCCACGUGGACGCCUGGAGACCGUGAACUACAUGAAGCCUAAGAGAUCAUCCAACCGACAGCCCUGCAGCUCAGGGGUGAGCAUGGAGCGUCAUGGACUGGUGCCAAGCCAGUCACACCCCUUAAACCUCAGCCAGGUUCAGCCUGUGGUUUCUUCAUCUCAAGAGCGUUCCCACAGUGACUCAUCCUUGCGUCGCCAGUCGACAUUCCCUCCGGCCGUCUCCUCUCACUACAACUUCCCCGAGGUGUCCUCCCUGGCCUCCGUUUCAGCCUCUGGCCCCAGCCUGUACACCUACCCAGCCUCCACCGCCCUCUCCUCAGCUUCUCAGGCCAUGGAGCAGCUGCUAGGCCGUGGUCUCGCCAGCCACGGACACUCCCCCUCCGCCUAUGCAGCAACGUACACCUCAUCGUCGGCCUCCAGAAGAGACUCGGCCAGUCGUAAGGAUUCUGUCAGUAGUCUGCUGCAUGGCCUCCCCGCAGCCUACCAGCAUCAGUUUGCCACUGGUUCUCCCUACGUUAGCGUGACACCCCGGGCCGAGGCUUACAGUGCCUACCAGCUAAGCCCCAGGCGCCUCACGCAGUACCCAUACCUAUAGGGAGUCUCACACACACUUUGAACAAAGAAAACGAAAAAUCUACUUCCCCACAUACUAUCACAAAGGAAGAUUUAAACUGUAUUUCUAGUAGAAUAACUGUUGGUCACUUAUUUGUUUGCUGCUUUUGACUCCAAAGCGACAUAUCACCCAAACUCAUUUAAUACUCUUUAGGGUCAUUUUUGUGUUUUUAAAAAUGUUCUUUGAUAGUUUUUUUUCUUCCCCUUAACAAUAUUGUUUAUAGCCUGUAUUUUAUCCUCAUCCUGUCCAGAUGUAUGAUUUAGGCAUUGUGGUUAAUGUCUAUUACUCCUGUUUCAUCCUGAGGUUUUGUGUGAAGAGGGAUUAUCCUCCUGUCACAAGUUGCAACGACACUUUAGGCAAGCUUUUGAGAUGCCUGACUCACAAGGCUGGUGAAGGGCUAGCUAACUGAAGUUUGGGGUUUUUUUGGGGCAUUUCUGCUUUAUUGGAUAAUGAUAGCUUGGAGAGACUGGAAAGGCAGGGGAGAGAAAGAGGGGGGAUGAUGGGCUGGAAUUUAACCUGGACCGCUGCGGUAAGGACUCAGCUUUGAUACAAUGUUCUGCCAGUUGAGCUACCGAAAAAGUUGUCUUUACUCAUGAUCCUUGUUAUGAAGUUUUCACACUAAUCUAGUGAUGCCCUGUUUUAGCUAACACAAUAAUGUGUAUUUUUACUCACAUAUCUUUUACCAUGUUUUAAAUUGUGUUUUGUCAGUGUGAGAAAGGAAGAGGAAGGUUCAUGUCGGUUAAGAAAAAGAUGUGGUGAAAACUGUGAUGGAUACAUGUUAAUUUAAGUGCACAUGUAAUAGUCUGUUAAUGUAGUGACAGUGUUUAGGCAGAAUUAAUCACGUCCUUAUCCAAUAGAAACUUUUUUUUUUUAAACUGCAUCCACUGAGUGCUGAAUGUAUUUAUGAAGUGAAGAAAGAGGAGUGGGAUCACCAUCCUGAGGAAUGAUGUGAAAAGCUUGUUUCAAAUUGUUAAAAAAAAAA